AUGCCCGUUGAUUACAGCAAAUGGCUGUCUGACGAUUCAGAUAUCGAAGUUCAUCCCAACGUCGACAAGCGCUCCUUCAUCCGUGCAAAGCAGAAUCAGAUCCACCAACAGCGUGUCGAUCGCAAACACCAAAUCGAAACCCUCAAGUACGAGAAGAUUAUCAACGAUGGCCUGAUCGACCGCAUAGACGCUCUGCUCGAAUCUCUCCAGUCAUUCAAACAAGAAGCCGAGCAGGCUCAGUCAGGCUUCGAACGCUACAUCUUCCAGGCUCUCAUCAAGAGCACUGGCUCUCCUGACAAGGAUACCCCUCCACCCCCACCAGCUGGUGUCCAUGCAAAUGUCCAAGAUCCUCCGCGCUACAGCAAGAUGAUGGCUGCCCUAGUCGACCAAGCCAAACAGGCCGUAGACGACGCCAAGCCUGAUCCUUCAGCAUACUACGCUGCCUUCAUCACAGAAGUCACCUCGCACAAGACAAAGAUCCAGGACCUACAAGUCCAACUUUUCCAGAAGCUUGCUGAACUCGAAAAGGAGGAAAGCUCAAAGAUUACCAGCGAAACUUAUCGAACCGGUUUCGAUAGCUCUCACGUCUCCAAAUCCUCAACCAAGCCUGGCGCCAGCAAAUCUCCUGCCACCCCAGAACUACUUAACCCUUCGCGUCCCUCACUUCAGAAUGCCGAAACCGGUCAAUCAUCUGGCGCUGAUGCUGACAUCGAGGAUGAGUCGGUCAUUACAAAACCCGUCGCUACUCUAGACAGCGAUGACGAAGACAUGCAGGCCUCACCACUGGCAAAGAAAUUCGCUAAGACCAAGUACGGUGACUAUCGUUCCUCUCUGGAAUUCAUCUCGAACAAUCCUGAAGUCAUGGGCGAGAAAGAGACGGAUGGCUUACUGGUCGAGGCGUUCAACGCUCAGAGUGAUGGAAAGGAUGACUACGCAAGACAAUGUGUUCACCAAGCCUUGUUGCUACAAUACUGCCGCCAACUGGGUCGCGACGGAGUACAACUCUUCUUCAAGCGCGUCACCACACAGGGCCAUCAAGCACAGAAGCUGUUCAUGGACGACGUCAAUUCGACAUAUGCCAGAAUCAGAUCCCGCACGAGAGAACUCGCUGAGCAACGCAAGCGUGACGAGGCAGAGGGUACUGGCGGUGUCGAACAGAUCCAAUUGCACGCAGUCGACCCAAACACCACCAUCAAUAUCGUUGUGCCACCAGCCGAUUCUACUGAUGAGGAUGCUAAGCAGGCUCGCGCAGUCUUUGAGACUUUCCCUCCAGGCCUGCAACGCGCUCUCGAGAGUGGCAGCUUGGACAAGGUCAACGAGGUUUUGGGCAAGAUGAGCGUCGAUGAGGCCGAGCAAGUCGUAGCACAACUCGGCGAGGGUGGCAUGUUGAGUCUGGAAGAAGGCGUUAUUGAUGCAACCACCGAGGAGGGAAGAAAGCAAAUGGAGGAGAUUGAACGUUCAGGAAAGAUGCCUCACGAUCAGGAGGGACGUGUGGUUGCAGAAAUUGAGGACCCUGGUAUGGACUAA